AUGGAACUCUCCGGUGUCGUCGAGAUGAUAGAAGAGAGUGUGGUCGGAGGUAGUCGGCAGUCGAUGAUGGCUACAUGUCAACACAAUACGAGAGCAGCGGCAAAGAUUCAGAGAGAUCGACAGAAUCGGGAGUGGCAGAGAGUGAGUGAUAUCGCGGGCAGAGAGGAGUCGCCCCAACCAAUUCACACUCCCACAGCCCGUAACACCGAUACAAUGGAACCCGCGAAAGACCCGGAGCUGAACACAACGGCCGCCGCUAUAGACGUUAGCGAAGCCGGAGACCACCGUAGCGUGGUGGUGGAGCUACCGCUCGGUGACUCUGCGGCCACAUUUAACCUCGAAAAGGCCAUCUGCAGUCACGGAUUGUUCAUGAUGGCCCCAAAUCACUGGGACCCUCUCACCAAAACCCUUCGACGCCCUUUACGCCUCGAUCCCGAAGACGAUCAGGAUGUCUCUGUUUCUUCUUCAUUCCUUGUCCAAAUUUCUCACCCUCUGACUUUCCUCACUCACUCCGUCUCCGUGUAUUCGACACUGAUUUUCUCUCUCCUCGGCGACAACAAGCAUUGCUGGUACUGUCUUGAGCUUUUUUUCUACAGAAAUCGGUUUUUUGUUGUGAAUGGUUGA